AUGAAUAAUAAUAAACCUAAGACUCAAUGUAUCAUCCAUCUUGGUGAAAAGAUCAACUUGUUCAAUCAAUAUUGUAAUCAUCUGGAUCAUCUUGUUGAUCUUACAGAUGGCUCCACUGCAAUACCUUGGCAUGACGAUGAUGCCAAACAACUACUACUAUACAAGGUCACCAAAGAUAAUGUUGUCAGACACAUGCUCAACACAUUCAAAACGUCUCAACAACAUGUUGCACUGCCAUCACUAAACAUUGGUUCAUAUUCGUCACCUCAGUUGAGACUGUCUCAUCAACAGAUGGAUGUGAUAUCGAUGCAUCGUGGCGAUGUGAUUCUCAAAGAGCCGUCAGAGAAGGCAUCAAUGUCUUCAAGGAUACAAUGGAAUCCAAUGUAUAAUAUCAAAGCUGAGUCGCACUUCGACACAGUCAAGGUCGGUAACGAUGUAUCAAUCUCAAUGAAGUCCAAAGUCAAGGAUCUCAACUGGCACCCUACAGGCUUACUUCUUGCCAUAGUUAGCAGCAACGAGAUCAAGGUGAUUGAAUGGCGCGAUAUGGCAAUGGAACAGGAAUACAAAUGCAAUGAAUACUAUGUUGAAGGUGAUAGUAUGACAUACUCUGCAGUAAGAUGGUGCGGUGUUGCCGAUGGUCUGUUUAUUGUCGCCACCGAACAGUAUCUCUAUGUGAAGGAGGUGAUGGCAUCAAUGCCAGCAAUCAAGAGCUCAGGUGGCAACAAUAGCAACACAAUUGGAAGUGGUGAUAUCUCAUCAUUGGACGACAUUAUCAAACCAAACUUUAACAUCAUUGAUGAGCAACCGACAUUGGUAACGAGAUCUAACAAACAGAAUGUAAUCAGCUCAUUGUUCAUGGUGGACCCAAUGUCGUCAUCGUCAUUAUCAACAUCAUCAUUCUCAAACAUGGUCCAAGACAACAAUAACAAUGAUAAUGCACCAUCCAGGAUACAUCUUUUCCAACAUCCAUCAACAUCACCAACACCAAUCAAUAGUUGUUCAACACCAAGAUACAAAGUGGUAGACUUGAUGGCAUACGACAAACAAACUGACAACAACAACAUACGUAUCAAGGGUACCCACUUUGAUGGACAUGGAAGACUGUUCGUUUUGCAUUGUCGCAAGCCAACAUCAUCGCAACCACUCAUCGGCAUAUCUCCCAAUCCCAAGUCAUUGUAUUCCGAUGUCGACAUAUUAGUGUUUGACCUUUCCCAGGACAUGACCAAUACAGGUGCAUCAGUGAAAAACAAACAAGUUGGUGCCAGUGAUGUUGGUGUUGGUGGUGAUGUCAAUGACAAUGCUUUACUUCUUCAGAUUAUGGAGAGCAUGGCAUCGAUUCAUACAAAGUUGGACUUACAAUCGCAGAGACUCGACCGAAUUGAAAAACAGAUCUCGGCGCCAAAACAGUAG